UUCAAGUUCGGCUGGGAAGCACUCGCAUCGCACUCGUCGUCGAUCGCCAUUGGCCAGGCCUCCCACGCCUUCCUUCCUCACCCCCACCUCUCUCUCUCUCUCUCUCUCUCUCUCUCUCUCUCCGCCAUUGUACCAUCCCUUCCCGGUUUCUCAGUCGUGAGGCCGUCACGACGCAAUGGCACUCUGUUCUUCGUCUUCUUCUCGCAGGCCGACCACUCUGCUCCUCCUGCUACUCCUCUGCACGAGCAUUGUGAACGUCGUGUCCGCCCAGCCGCUGGCAUCCUCGCAGGCGAAGGCGCUCCUCCGUGUGCGCCGCCUGCUGGGUUACCCGCCCGUGCUCGACGCGCUGCGCGCGGCGCCGGACCCCUGCGCGCUCCCGCCCACGCCGGCCCUCACCGUCGCCUGCGCAGGCGGGCAUGUCACGGCGCUCUCCGUCCUCGGGGACCGCGAGCCCGACGCGGCGUGGCGCGCCGCGCUCCCGUCCAGCUUCUCCUCCGAGGCGCUCUUCACCACGCUCACCAGGCUCCCGGCGCUGGCGCGCCUCUCGCUCGUCAGGCUCGGCGUCUGGGGCCCGCUCCCGGGACCCAAGCUCCGACGACUUCAGGCGCUGCAGCAGCUCAACCUCAGCUCCAACUACCUCUACGGCGCCGUCCCGAGCGAGCUCUCCCGCUUGUAUUCUCUGCAGAGCCUCGUGCUGUCCAAGAACUGGUUCAACGGCACCGUGCCGUCCCUGUCCGGGCUCCAGUUUCUGGAGGAGCUGGACUUGGCGCACAACAGGCUGGGGCCGGCAUUCCCGGAGGUGGGGAAGGCGGUGGAGCGAUUGGUAUUGGCGGACAACAACUUCACCGGGAGGAUUCCGGCGGGAGUGACCUCGCUGGGGCAGCUCCAAUUCUUGGACGUGUCAGGUAACCGGCUCCAGGGGUGGAUCCCCUCCUCCAUCUUCGCGCUCCCGGCGCUGCGUUACAUCAACUUGUCCCGCAAUAAGCUAGCCGGGCAGCUGCCGACGAGCACGGCGUGCGCGGAGGCGCUGGUGUUCGUGGACGUUUCGGCUAACCUUCUCACCGGGGAGUCCCCAGCGUGCAUGCGCGGCAGCUCGUCCGCGCGCACGGUUCUUGUCGAGGGCAAUUGCUUCACCGACGCGAAGCAGCAGCGGCCGAGCACGUACUGCAGCCCUGGGGCGCUGGCCGCCGUGCUGCCGCCGCCGCAGGGGAACGGAGGGGGAGGGCACGGGAGGGGCAAGGGCGGUGUGGUGGCUAUGGUUCUUGGCAUUGCCGGCGGCGUUGUGGCUAGCGCAUUGCUGAUUGCGCUGCUGUUAGUGGUGGCGCUGACGCAAGCGAGGAGGAGGCAUCCGGAGGUGAGCGUCUUGCCAAAGUCGCCGGCCGCACCAUCGGCAAGGAAGGGGGAUGGCGGAAAGGCUCAUGCUAAAACGACCGAGAGGAUAAUUACUCCUGCUGAUAAGAGGCAUGCAUCACAAGCUGCAAGGGUGAAUACUCUGGAAGUACCAGCGUACCGCGUGUAUACACUGGAGGAGCUCCAAGAAGCAACCGACAACUUUAGUUCGUCCAAGUUUAUCAAGAGUAGUCCUCUUGCACAGCAUUACAACGGUCAACUUCAAGAUGGUUCAAGAAUCUUGGUUCGAUGUCUGAGACUAAAGCCGAAGUAUUCUCCCCAGAGCCUUGUCCAAUAUACAGAGAUAAUUUCUAAACUUCGCCACCGUCAUUUGGCCAGCAUCAUUGGUCAUUGCAUUGUCAAUGACCAGGAGAAUCCUAAUAUUGCCAGCUCAUUAUACCUCAUUUCUGAAUGUGUGUCAAAUGGAUCUCUAAGAAGUCAUCUUACUGAGUGGAGAAAACGUGAAAUGCUGAAGUGGCCGCAACGAGUUUCUGCUGCCAUUGGUGUUGCACGAGGGAUUCAGUUUUUGCACAAUGUAACUGCUCCAGGCAUCGUACAGAACGAUCUCAACAUAGAAAAAAUCCUACUGGACAAGACUCUCACAUCGAAGAUCAAUGAGUUUAGUCUUCCAAUGAUAUCAACUAGCAAGAAUGGCAAGGUCUUCUUAGAGACUCCAUUUGCUGUUCAUGAAGAUAAUGAUACUGGCAGUGCUCAUAAUGUGGAACGAGGAGACAAGCAAGACAUCUACCAGUUUGGCCUGAUUCUCCUGGAAGUCAUCACAGGCAAACCAACAGAGUCACAAAGUCAACUGGAGUCCCUAAAAAUUCUGCUAAGCGAGGUCUUGACUGAAGACCCGGAGAGGUUGAAAGACAUAGCUGACCCCGCGAUCCGUGGUACUUUCGCAGUGGACUCUCUGACCACUGUCGCCGAGAUAGCCCUCAACUGCACGGCUAGCGACCUGAGCUGCCGGCCUUCCAUCGACGACGUCCUCUGGAACCUGCAGUACUCCAUGCAGGUGCAGGACGGGUGGGCGAGCAGUGAAAGCUUAAGCUUGAGCAUCAAAUCGCAGGGCUGAAGAGAAGUACAUAACCAGAGCGGUGCAAUGCUUUUGUUUCGAUCCAGUGGUAAUUAUGAAGUUAUGUGCACCAUCAGUCUGCCUCUGGUUUUCAUUUGGUUUUUGUUCAGGAAGAGAGAUCAUUGAUGUUCUCUAUGUAUAGAAGUGGUCUUUUUCAGAUUUUUGUUUCUGGUAGUUGUAAAACUGAGGCUCUAUUAAUCAACGUUGCCACGAGGUUAUGUGUUCA